AUGGCGUACUCUCCUGAGCAAUACCAAGCUAGCAAGGAACGCAUCAAAGCAGCACAGAAGCGCUACUAUCAGCGCACACGCGACGCUCGCUUGUCGUAUCAAAAGAGCUACGACGACAAGAAUCAGCUCGCAAGCGUCAACCCAAAACCGAACUUAUUGAUGGUGAAGUCGAACUUAAUAAUGAAACCGAACUUAAUGAAUUAA